UUUGCAGUACUUCUCUUUUUUUAAAGAUUUCAGCCCGCUGCCAUUGCCCUCCCCUACUCUGUUCUCAUUUUCGCUCUAUCUACCACUAAAGUGAGUGGGAGAGGCAGAGGGCAGGUCAGUGUUCAACACCUUGAACAUGCCAUUCGAUUCACUUUAGACACACCCUUGGAUUACUAUUUUUUUUACUCCCGUCAACGUAAUCUGUCUCGCUCUCUUUUUUUUCAAAGAUUAUUUCUUUAUUUUUCCAACAUUUUGAUAUGUUUUCCACCAUAACCAUGGAGUUUGACAUGAAACCCCUGAACCUUUAAGGUUUAGAUGCCCCAGACGCAGUUGGAGUGAGAAGAAUCCUCCUCCAUCACGCAGUCCUCCGCCACUCUACUGUCAUCUGGAGGAAAAAAAUCAGAAGCGUGCAGGACCAAAAAAGAGAACUCUGUUUUUACCUAACAGUGCCUCUCAUUUUGUGAAAGCAGUGUUCCUGCCUCAGAGUGCUUCCUGUGCCGAGGGGUGUGGUGUGGAGCGAAGCGGUCCGGGGAGUGCGUGGAGGGGUAGGAACCCUCUGCCUGUCAGCCUGUGUCCUACCCUUUCUCUCCCUACAACACCAUGACCACUGCGGUCCAGUCCAGCGAGCUUGUCUUUGAGUUCGCCAGUAAUGGGAUGGAUGAAAUCAAUCAGCUGGACGACCCUUCAGUUUUCCCAGCAGUGAUCGUGGAACAGGUGCCCGCUGCCGACCUCAUGCAGGUGUACUCUGGACUGGAGGCAGAUGAGGUGACUAAUGGCAUCAUGGUGGAUGCCAUUCAGGAUGUGGUGGAAGAGAACAUGAUGGGAGAUGUGGGGCUCAUAGUAGAGACCCAGGUCUCAGGUGGAGAGGACAAUAUGGAGACCAUCGAGGCGGCUGAGGCCCUACUGAACAUGGAAUCUCCCAAUAAUAUCCUGGAUGAGAAACGCAUGAUUCACACAUACGGGAAUAUGCUGGAAUCAGACCUUACCUACAUUUCCCUGCGUCCAGAGCAGCUCUCAAAUGGCUGCAUGGAUGUUUCCCUUGAUGAGGAGACGUCCUCUUUGGAUGAGAUCCCUCAAAAGAACCCUUCCAAGCCUGCCAGGAAAAGCAAAGUGCGCAAACCAAGACCAGUGCGGCCCUGCUCCCCCAUCACCAAUCCAACUCUCCCUUUGAAGAAGAAGAGCAAAGAGGGCAAAGGUAAUACUAUCUACCUGUGGGAGUUCCUCCUGGCCUUGCUGCAAGACAAAAACACCUGUCCCAAAUACAUCAAAUGGACGCAGAGAGAGAAGGGCAUUUUUAAACUGGUGGACUCCAAGGCUGUCUCCAAGCUGUGGGGCAAGCACAAAAACAAGCCUGAUAUGAACUACGAAACCAUGGGCAGAGCACUCAGGUACUAUUACCAGAGGGGUAUACUGGCCAAGGUUGAAGGACAGAGGCUUGUUUACCAGUUUAAGGAGAUGCCCUCAGAUCUGGUCAUUAUUGACGAGGAUGAUAGCCAAGGGGACGACGCCAGUUCUGGCUACGGAGGGCAACGGUCCGCUCCUCACGGACGGGCAGUGGGCCGCGGUUCAUCACGUGCGCAGGGGAAGAGCACACAGGUGAAGUCAGUGAAGAGAGAGAUGAGUCCUGGGCUGAACAGCAAUGGAAAACAAGCAGAACAGCUGGUGCAGACCAUCCACGUUCUUCAGCCAAAUCAAGGUGCUGCUGUCCCAGCAUCUACACACUCCGUAAGGACUAUACAUAUGCCUGGCUCUCUUCCCAUGGUCCUAACGUCAGGAGCUCAAGGAGGAGGUCCAGUCACCCUGCAGACCCUGCCGCUGUCCUCUGUUCUGACCAAUGGGGAUUCCUCCACUCGUGCCUCGCCGCCUCGGGUCAUUCUCCACACUGUGCCUUCCACCAGCCCUGGCAGUAAAGAUGUGCUCACCAUCCAGACCGCCUCUCUGACCACAGACAGCAUCCAGACCCAGCAGCUCCUCGUGUCCACUCUGGGCUCAUCCAGUGGAGGGGUCAUCAGCACCACACCACAGCAAGCCGGAUCUCUUAAUGGCAUCACCCGCCUGGUCACCCUCAAUGCCAACGGGCAGCCCGUCGUGGCCCAGCAGCCCGGAUCGGUCAUCGCCACUGUCCUGAAGCCCAGUGAACUUCAAGGCCUGCAGGUGAAGGAGGAGAUCCUAGACCCGCAGUACCUCCAGUCUCUGGUCAACAGCAACCCUAGCAUGGCCUCGUACGGCAAAGAUGACCUCGAGGAAGGAGUGGCAGAGCUGAGCUACAGAACUGUGAUCAUCAACAAUGCAGGUCAGGAGCUGGGUCAGACCCUCAACGGACAUUCGGGCGUGGGCUUGCAGCUGGCCAGCAGCCCUAGUGAGGGCCUGACCCCUGUGGAGGAGCUAGAAGUGAGAGGAGAAGUGGCUCUGCAUCCACAGCCUGAAGCUAAAGAGCUGUUGGAAGGCUCUCAAGGUCUGCAGGAAUUGCCGGGCACCAUGCAGAUACCCGCAUCCCACUUCAUCCAGGUCAAGGCGGAACCGGCUGAGACCUAAACUAGUGGCCAAAGCAGGGGAAUGUGGACACAAUCGACCAACAUGUGAAAAAAAAAAUACAGGAUUUUUUCAGUGGAGCAGAUUAUCUGUAAUUUAUUGCUCUUGAUUGUUUAGAAUGGCUGUUGACCCCCAAGACUGUUGUUUACUCAAAGUUAUUGUGAUAUUGUGCCUAAAUUCGAACUCUGAGGGAUACCGACCAUGAUGUCAUGAUGAAAGCUCUUUGGUUUGCUCUCCGUCACUCCCAAACUCCCAAAAGGAGAGCAGCCAUUCUCCAACCAGGGAUAUUCCCACCAUAUGUGCCAGUUGAGAUGUUUCUAUCUCUUCUCAUCUCCAUAGACAAAUCCAAAGACUUUAUCCAGCAGAGGGACCAAAGGAGGAGUUGGUGGGAAGCCAAAAAGAAACCAACAACACACCAUUGACUUUAGGGUUAAACACACACACACACACUCAGUUGCUUAGGACAUACAAUAUGGAGAAACAUUUGUUUUGUUUUUUCCUAUGUAGCUAUCUUAGUGAACUUCAAAAGGAUGCCUAUUGGAAUAAGACUGAAAGAGUGCCUAGGUGGUUAAUGCUUUGUUUUGGAAGUGAUGUUUUGAAGGGGAAGAUUGUAUGAUUCACUCUGUUUUUAAUACAGAAUUAUGACAUUA